AUGGGAAAAAGGCAAAAAAUUAGAACAGGUGCUGGAGAUAUUGUCACAACUCCUGGACCUCUUCAUAAACAAAUUGAAAGGUCAAAACUAGCCAAGCCGAAAUUCAAGCCUUUAAAACGUUCAAGAGAAGAACAAAAAGAUGAAAUUGAACUUGUCGAUCCAUCUUUAAAAGGCAAAAUUAUUAUUAAAGCAAACAAAAAAUUGGAAAAAGAUGUUGUGUUCAAUGAGGAUGGAGAAUCUGAUAAUUCUGAAGAAAUUGAAGAAGAAGAAGACGAUAAUGAUGAGAAAUUGGAUGUUGAUCAAUUAGUAUCAAAGCAUCUGGAAGAUUUAGAUGAAUUAAAAUUGGAUGAUGGUGUUGAAAAUCCUCGAAAGAAAAAACGAAAUUCUGAUAAAAAUAACAAAGAAAGUGUUAUAAAUAAAGCUGAGUUUGCCGAUAUCGACCCAAAAAUUGUUGAUCUUUUUAUAGAAAUUGGUCAAGUUUUAAAGAAAUACAGAAGUGGACGUAUUCCCAAGGCUUUUAAAAUUAUUCCAACUUUGGUUGAUUGGGAGAAAAUUAUUGAAUUAACUCGCCCAGAUGAUUGGUCGGCAGCUGCAAUGUUACAUGCUACCAAAAUAUUUGCUUCAACUGCUACUCCUGCUCAAUGCCAAAGGUAUUUUUGA